CCAAUCAGUGCCUAGGCUCCUAACUCAGGUCUUUGUGGAUCAGGGCCUAACUAAUUCAUCAACUAAUAGAGAAACAUCUUCCCCUCACAGGUGUUUAUGCUGUUUCUCUCUUUUCCCUACAAACAAGUUAAUCAUUUUGGGGUGUGUGGGUGUGUAACUGAAUCAUUAAUAAUCCAGGUGGAGCUCAAAUGAUCUAGAGUAGACACUGCUAAUGAGUGGUUAUUACUGAAGGGUUUAAAGAGUAGUUUCUACAAAAAGAGGAAUCUGUUAGAUUCAGAUAGUAGUGUUCCUGGGCAGGAGAAUAAGUAAAGAAUUUGGCUAAGGUAAAAGUGUGUUUGUUUCUCACAAGGGAAAGUAUACCUUAUUUUAGGGGGGGGAAAGUGUCUCUUCUCUAAUGAUCUAUUAAUUUUGGUUUAAGUAGACCUUAAGUAGCUGUAUUUGACGUGUAGUGCAAGGCAGGUUUCUAAACAAAAUAACUUCAGUUGCUGUUACUAUUCUGUGUCAAUGUAAAUCACUAGUUUAGCUUCUAUUUUCUCCCUAAUCCUGAUACUGAGAUAGGGUGUCUGAUCUCCUGAAGACAUUGCUGUUCAACUUCUGAACCCUCUGCCUAAACUCAUCUUGCUUUGCAUCUGGGUACCCUACUUCACUGUCACCAACUCUAAAUAGAAAAUGGUCAUUACUUUUAAAUCUUAUUUCUCUAAUAAUUAUAGUAGUUUCCCUUCCUUACCAAAUCCUGCAAAUAACUGUACUGAAACCUAGCUACAGGUCUCUAGCAACCUAAUAACGAGGUGCACAUGUUGAACAGUAGUAGUUACUACUAACUUUGAAGUUUUUUAAAAACCCACUAACUGUAUUGAGGUCCCCUUAUUCAAAGAUUACAAAACUCACUUCAGGGGGCUUCUACAACAUAAGAAAAUUCUGAAUUCCUUUUACUCUUGUAGUUGCUUACCAGUUUGUGUGUUUUGGGGCUGAUUUGAUGAAACUGCUUAUUUUUCCUCCCUGGAGUCCCCAGUGUUGUAGGAGAGGCUCCUGACACGGUUUUUAUGCAGAGCUUCUCAAAGCUGUAAGAAUCCUGAAUACAUAAAGCCUUAAAGUAUUUAUUCUACCUCUUGACCAAUUUGACCUUUCCUCUUAGGAAGGGGCCUCGCCUGUUCUUUCUGAAACAGAAAUCUUGGGUUGAAGACCUUGAGCCUGGACAACACUUCUCUCUCUGGGCAGCAGGAAAAAAACGUUCAUUGCUUUUUCUACCUGCCAUCUGAAUUUACCGGAGACUCUUGAUGGGCUGUGGUUUUCCCUUGACCGGACUUCUAACCAGCUGUCUGACUCAAACAGGCUCCUUCUUCAGGAGAGAACAUUGAUGUUAGGAUGUCUGGACGCGGAAAGAAAAAUGUGAAACCGACAACUGCCUCGAAGACAACCAAGUCAGUGAAGGCUGGUCUGCAAUUCCCAGUGGGUCGUGUCCACCGGCUUCUCAAAAGAGGGAACUAUGCUGAGAGAAUAGGUGCUGGCGCUCCGGUUUACCUGGCGGCCGUGCUGGAAUAUCUGACUGCUGAGAUAUUGGAACUGUCAGGAAAUGCUGCUCGUGAAAACAAGAAAAGCAGGAUUGGGCCACGACACAUCCAGCUGGCCGUGAGGAAUGACGAAGAGCUGAACAAGCUGUUUGCUGGGGUGACCAUUGCUGAAGGAGGAGUUAUGCCCAACAUCCUUCCUGCUCUUGUUCCCAAGACCACAAAGGUGCCUAAGCAAGGACUAAAAGAUGGCCAGUCACAGGAAUUCUAGUAACAGCUAGUCUGCUGAAAGGGUGCUGUUUCUAAGGCUGGCUUUCUCCACAACACUAGCACUUCAUGCACCUAGGACUCUUGGUUGUAAUCCAUAUAUUUAUACAUAGACUGUAUGUCUUCACUGCUUGUAAAUAAGGCACCUCCUAAGGACUCCCUCCUGUGGUGUGUGGUUUUUAAAUCGACUUUGAAAUAAAUACUUAGUGCAUAGAGAAGCCCCUGAAACUUGUUUUCUGAAGUUGGCAGAUAGAGAAA